AGCGAGCCGUACGCAUGCGCGGGCGGCAGUGAUGGUGGCUCGGGGAAGCCCAUGAGGAGCGGCGCGAGCGAGACCUACAGCCAUGGCCGGGGUGUUCGACAUCGACCUGGACCCCGAGUACCAGCAGGAGGAGGCCGUCUCUGACGAGGAGCUGGAGGGGGUACAGUACAGUGACUGCAUGGAGCAUGGCGUUCCAUUUGAACUGGAUAUGGAACACUGUGAGAAAUUUGAAAUCUCUGAAAAUAAUGUGAAUAGAGGGCCAGAAAAGAUCCGACCUGAAUGCUUCGAGCUCCUGCGUGUUCUGGGCAAAGGUGGUUAUGGAAAGGUUUUUCAAGUAAGAAAAGUUGCAGGCGCAUAUACUGGAAAGGUCUUUGCCAUGAAGGUGUUAAAGAAGGCCAUGAUUGUUCGUAAUGCAAAAGACACAGCCCACACAAAAGCUGAGCGGAGCAUCCUGGAGGACGUCAAACAUCCCUUCAUCGUGGACUUGAUGUAUGCUUUCCAGACUGGAGGCAAACUCUACCUCAUCCUCGAGUAUCUCAGUGGUGGAGAGCUCUUUAUGCAGUUGGAGAGAGAGGGAAUCUUCAUGGAAGACACUGCUUGUUUUUAUUUAGCGGAAAUCUCGAUGGCUUUGGGGCAUUUGCACCAGAAGGGUAUUAUCUACAGAGACUUGAAGCCAGAAAACAUCAUGCUUAAUCAUCAAGGGCACGUUAAACUAACAGAUUUUGGAUUGUGUAAAGAAUCCAUUCAUGAUGGGGCAGUGACGCACACUUUCUGUGGCACAAUAGAAUACAUGGCACCUGAAAUUUUGAUGAGGAGUGGACAUAACCGUGCCGUGGACUGGUGGAGUUUGGGAGCCUUAAUGUACGACAUGCUGACUGGAGCACCGCCAUUCACUGGUGAAAACCGGAAGAAAACCAUCGAUAAGAUCCUGAAAUGCAAGCUCAAUCUGCCGCCCUACCUCACGCAGGAAGCCAGAGACCUCCUUAAAAAGCUGCUAAAAAGGAAUGCUUCAGCUCGCCUGGGAGCUGGUCCAGGGGAUGCCGCAGAUGUUCAGGCUCAUCCUUUCUUCAGACAUACAAAUUGGGAGGAUCUUCUGGCUCGGAAAGUUGAACCCCCUUUCAAGCCAUUUCUCCAAUCGGAUGAUGAUGUCAGCCAGUUUGAUUCCAAAUUUACACGGCAGACUCCUGUCGACAGCCCUGAUGACUCAACCCUCAGCGAAAGUGCCAAUCAAGUCUUCGUGGGAUUCACAUAUGUGGCUCCUUCAGUUCUGGAGAGCGUAAAGGAGAAGUUCUCGUUUGAGCCAAAAAUUCGAUCACCUCGCAGGUUUAUUGGGAGUCCCAGGACUCCUGUCAGCCCAGUGAAGUUCUCUGCUGCAGACUGCUGGGGCCGGGGAGCCAGCAUGGAAACACCCAGAGGGCGGCUGUUGUCAGACUACCCGAUGGAUUUCGGGAUGGAACAGAUGGACGUGACGGUUAGUGGAGAGGCUUCUGCCCCACUGCCUAUCCGACACCCCGUGGGCGUGAGCUCUGUGCCUUUCAAAAAGCAAACUUAUCCUGUGCCCCCAAACAGACCUGCACACCUGCGCAUGAACCUAUGACGACAAGUGAACUUAUAAGGAGAAAGCAUCAAUGCAAGGCAGCGUGUGAGCACUAAGUACGUGUUUUUGGGGGUACCGAGCCUCCCCACCCCCCUUUCAAAUUAACCAAUGGAAGUUUCAGUCAGGACAAUUAUGCAAUGAAACUUGCGCAUCACUGAGGACAUUUUGAUGAGAAAAGGAAGGUUAAAAUAAUGGGUGGGGUGAUGGACAUCACUGAUCUUUGUACUGACACUUUGAGACACAUGUACAGCUCUGGGCAGGGGUAUUAACGUCCCACGCAGCAUUUCUUCUUGAAGUUCUGCUCUAGACAUUAACGGGAAAAGUCCAUGACACUCUGUAGUGGCGUUGAAGAAAUCUUGCUGCUUGAUGCCCAAUGGUGCAGAGUAUUAUUACCAAAGGUAGAGUUGCAUAACUUUGCCUGAAUCUCACGAGCAAAGUGUAACUUGUGUUGGCAAAGGGUCUGAAAUAUUGGGAAUGCUUGUACCUGGGAUAGGAAAGAUUACACAUUGUUGCAAUAUUAUCAAAGCCUAAAGUCUCAAUACUGUCGUAAUAUAUUGGAGCUCACGUAAAUCCAAACGAUGGAGCAAAAUCAUGCAUUUAAUGAAUAAAUAAAAAUCUGUAAACUA